CACUGUACACUGUAAGGUAAUAGGUUACAGUAAGGUGACUGAAAGCAAGCUACUGUACCUGAUGGGCUAAGAAAAGCAUCUGUCGUGUUAUUUUAACCCUUUAACCAUAGAACUAAUAUGUCUGAGUAUAGCUGUUUUAUAAGAGGUAUAAGAGGUGUAGUCAUGCUCAUGCUAAAAAUUGUGAAUUGUGAAUGGGAAGUUGUGUUAUUUGGGUAUUUUUAAUCAAAAAGGUUUACAUUUUUAAUGAUAAACCUAAAGUUAAAAUGAUAGUUCACCCAAAAAUGAAAAUUCUGUCAUCAUUUACUCACCCUCUUGUCAUUUUAAACCUGAAUGACUUUUAUUCUUCCGAACAACACAAAAGAAGAUAUUUUGAAGAAAGUUGUCAGCUGGCACCCAUUCUAUUGGUUUUGUGUCCAUACAAUAGAAGUGAAUGGGUGCCGACGCUGUUUGGCUAUAUUUUUUAAGGCAAAUAAAAAUAAUUUUUCGUCCUUAUGACUAAUCCUGUGUCUCUCUUUCUCUCUCACUCUCAUUUGAAUGUUUUCUUUCAGAGAUUAUUAUGAGGAAACCAUUAGAGUCCUUGGACCCUGUGAGGAAUCGGGGGUUGAUUUGACUGGUCAGGUUUAAGCAGACUGGACAUGUAACCAUGCCUGGUGCUCCAUAGAUUCGAGACCAACGGACCCCUGAUCUGCCCAUCAACCAUGGAGUUCCCCUGCACCCACCGAGGGUCAUAUUCCACCCCUCUGGAGCGGAGCGGCAGGUGUCACCGAGCGCAGCUCGUGAGGAGAAAGCUUCGUCCGACUCGGAUCCUCGGUUUCAUCCUGUGCAUCUCUGCCCUCUCGAUGUUCCUGUCCUUGAGUGCCUUUACGACCACUUUGGGGCCGUUUUCAAAUAGGAUGCCACCCACCAACCACGAGGGACUUGCAGAGCAAGUGCCACUCAGAACUGUACUCUCUUCCGAGGUCGAGCACAACGCCUCAGGUCAGGAACAUACGCCCAUUGCCAUGGCGUCUUCUGGCGAACACGGCAAGGGCGAUUAUCCCGAGGACCUAUUCACACUCGAGGAGAGGCGACAGGGCGCUGUCGUGCUCCAUAUGUUCGGGAUGAUCUACAUGUUCAUCGCCCUCGCCAUCGUGUGCGACGAGUUCUUUGUUCCCGCGCUCACCGUCAUCACGGAAAAGCUCCAGAUUUCGGACGACGUGGCUGGUGCCACCUUCAUGGCCGCCGGAGGCUCCGCCCCUGAGCUCUUCACAUCCGUGAUCGGCGUGUUCAUCUCGCACAGCAACGUGGGCAUCGGAACCAUCGUGGGUUCUGCGGUCUUCAACAUUUUAUUUGUGAUCGGGAUGUGUGCUCUCUUCUCACGGGAGAUUCUGAACCUCACCUGGUGGCCUCUGUUUAGAGAUGUCAGCUUUUAUAUUAUUGGACUUAUUAUGCUCAUUGUAUUCUUCCUGGAUAACUACAUUACCUACCAUGAGAGCAUUGCACUGCUGCUUUGCUACGUUACCUAUGUGACGUUUAUGAAGUUCAACGUCACUGUAGAGACAUGGAUCAAAAGCAAGCUGAACAGAAAUCAAGUGGAUGACCCUGAAGCUUCUCCUAAGGUUAAUGCAGGAGACGAUGAAAAUAAACUUUCUGCUAAGCCGCGCCUCCAGAGAGGAGGAAGCUCCGCCUCCUUGCAUAACACACUGAUGAGAAACAGCAUCUUCCAGCUCAUGAUCCACACACUUGACCCGCUCACUGAAGGGAAGUUCAAGGAGAAAGCAUCCAUUUUACACAAGAUUGCAAGAAAUAAAGGCCAAGAUGAAGCAAACGGUGUUGUAGAUAAGAACCUUCCCAACAGCACCAGUGUGGAGGUAGAGGUCACUCCGCCCAUGAAUGGCAGUGCUGGCAAUGCCGAGGAUGAAGAGGAGGAAGAUGAAGAUCAGCCUUUGAGCUUGGCAUGGCCAGAUACGCCACGGAAACGAGCAAUGUACCUCUUAAUUUUACCCAUUGUCUUUCCAUUGUGGCUGACACUGCCAGAUGUCCGCAGAGAAACUUCAAGGAAGUUUUUUCCUUUGACGUUUUUGGGAUCCAUUUCCUGGAUUGCUGUUUUCUCCUACUUGAUGGUUUGGUGGGCUCAUCAGGUUGGUGAGACUAUUGGAAUCACUGAGGAAAUAAUGGGCUUGACCAUUCUAGCAGCAGGUACAUCCAUUCCCGAUCUCAUCACCAGCGUUAUCGUUGCACGGAAAGGUCUUGGAGACAUGGCCGUGUCCAGCUCAGUCGGUUCCAACAUAUUCGACAUCACUGUGGGCCUGCCGUUUCCAUGGUUACUGUUUUCCUCAGCGAACAACAUGAGUCCGGUGGCGGUGAGCAGUAACGGCCUGUUCUGCGCCAUCGUUCUGCUCUUCCUCAUGCUCCUCUUCGUCAUCAUCUCCAUCGCCGUGUGCAAGUGGAGGAUGAGCAAGCUGCUGGGAUUCCUCAUGUUCAUGCUGUACUUCGUCUUCCUGGUGGUCAGCGUCAUGCUGGAGGACAAGAUAAUCGUCUGCCCAGUCUCUAUCUGAGUCCUUUAUCCUGAGCACGCUUGUCGUUAUUCCGAGGCGCAAUCCCUUCUUCGUCCAGACUCUGGGCAUCCCAACUAUGACUUGGAUACUUGGACGCGGAAAUGCGUCUGAAAAGUAGUUUGUUAUGGGAAUGUAGUGCAAUAUCCUGCACUAUUUAAAAGCAGUACAUAGAGACUUGAUGUACUGUAGGUUUAGCCAUUUUUAACACUCUGUGUGCAGAGAUUGGACUUUAUUGAAGGACUUGAAGACCGUGGAGACAACACAUCCAAGGAGAAUGUCUACAGACUCAGGAAAGGACCUAUGGUGCAAAUACGCAAUAAAAACACUAAUGAAAAUACCAGCAAGCAAAACACUGAUUCUUGUACCGUGCUUUGAAGCUCAUGGUAUCAUAAGCCUUGUGUUGCACCGAUGACAAAGAUUUAAUGAAAGAAACAAAGCUCCACAAUUGCUUUGUUUGAACGCUGGUCCUUUCUCAAUGUUUUGAGUAUAUCAUGUAACUUAUUGACCAUAUUUGUAGACGUAGUCUUCUGAAGCCUAGGCCUACAAAUAAUCAGUAUCCAACUCACAGAUCGGGAGCACUCGUACUAUUAAAUAUAAUCAAUCACAUUGUCUGUGUUAUUUGUUAAUGCAAUAUUUUAUGUGUAUUCUCUGGAACUAUUAUUUGGCAGAUCCAAUGAAAGUCCAACAAAAAACAUGCACGUUUCUUCACAAAUCCAGUGUAGUUUCUUAUGCUGUCAAUUUGGAUGUAUGUGCAGUGUAUGUUGUGGGGUACAGUUUUAAUUAUUACAUUUAAUAAAACGUAAAGUCAAAUUUAUGAAAAAUUAUGCUUAUUACGACUCAAGCUACAUGUUGUUGUGGUUUACGUUCAUGUCAGCUAAAUUUAAGUAAACUUGUACUGUACUGUAUAUGACAUUGUACAUCAAUGAUUAUUUUAUAAUGGCUUUGCAAAGUUAGUAUUAUAACAAUAAAUUAUACUAUAUAAGAGGGCCUACACAUGUACCAGGUUUCUUUGCUCAACCCCUGAAUAAAGAUGAUAUAGUCUUUAUGAUGAAUCAGAUAAUACAAAAGUUCAUUGAAAUAAUGUCAUGUCACAUUGUUGCUUAUAAAGGCAGUGUAACGGGCUUUCAUGUAGAAUUACUUAACAAAACCUUUCUUGUUACUUCAUACACACAUAAUUCAGCUUUAA